UCUGUUUGGACCGCGCGGAGGAAAUGACGCGCCCCGCUGAGGCAUGAAACGGAGCCUACACGCGCAGCUCGAUCAGAUUGGGCUGAGGCGCGCGGACACGGGAUGCUCCUCUCUCGCGGUGAACUGAACACGACUCCUCUAAUCUAGACAACACAGACGCGAGACGCCACAUACGGAGCGCGUUACAUGUCCUGACAAGACAAGACAACAAUCAUACACACACAAAGUAACAUUUCUCGCGUAGUAAGUCGGAACUCACACACACAUCGCAGUCAUGGCUAUAGACGCGGGGCUACUUUUGCCCGCUAUAUUUUUCACAAUAAUCGCGGUUGUCAUCGCGUCCGUUUUCUUCAACAAGAAAGAAGCUCCCAAGAAGAAGAAGCACGAGGAAGCUCCCGCUCGCACCGUGGAAAGCUACCAGUGUUCGUCCGAGCCGCUGGAGAUUCCUGCUCUGGUCAACCAUCCCAUUUUCGGGACCACCGUAACAGCAGCAGCAGCAGAAGCCAAACCCGAGGUCGCGAAGGUCGAGGAGCCCGUGGAGGAGAUCGCAGUCGCUGAGGCCGCUGUGGUCGAAGCCGCACAGGUUCCAGAGCCCGAGCCAGUCGCAGUCCCUGAGCCCGCCCCGGAACAUGUGGAACCAGAACCCGUUAAAGAGGCUGCUCCAGAACCCGAACCAGAAGCCCCCGUGGUGGUAGAGGCACCAGAGCCUGUUGUAGAGGAAGAGGCACCGGAACCCGUGGUAGAGGACGUACCAGCAGAACCAGAAAUUGCACCAGAACCGGUUGUAGAGGAGGCGGCACCAGAACCCGUGGUGGAAGAACCCACACCAGUAGAAGAGGCACCGGAAGAAUCGGUUGUUGUAGAGGACGCACCAGUCCCUGAACCUGCUGAAGAAGAACUUGCUCCGGAACACAACGACGUAGCUGCUGGCCCAGUAGAGGAUGAUGAAGAUCUUCCUCAGAUUGUUCCCGGGAAGAAGAGGAGCAAGUUUGAGAAGAGGUUGUCCAAGGAGGAGAUGGAGGAGGAGCAAAGUCUCCGCCGCCACCGUCUCCAAACAACUAACUACAUGGGCAAGGAGCAGCUGAGGAGUGAGCUUCAGGACCCGAGGCUUCUGUCUGUCCAUCUCUCCACCCCUCCGUCAGUCCCUCUCUCCAUCCCUCCACCCCUCCGUCAGUCCCUCUCUCCAUCCCUUCAUCUCUCCACCCCUCCGUCAGUCCCUCUCUCCAUCCCUUCAUCUCUCCAUCCCUCCAUCAGUCCCUCUCUCCAUCCCUCCAUCGUGUCCCGCCCCUCCUCCCUCAGCUCUGUUGCCUGGCAGCAGUGGCCAAUGUGUGUGUGUGUGCCUUCUGGUGCCCCCUGCUGGGGGUGAUGAGUACUGCGCGUCUCUCUGGCGCCCCCUGUGGUGGUGGUGUUGUGGACAGGAAGCUCAUGAAGGCCUGCUGUGCUUCUCUGCCUGUGAAUAGCCAAGCUUUGCCAAAAACGGAACACCCAAAGAUCAUAGCCCGUCUGUGUGUGUGUGUGCGUGUGCGUGUGUGUGUGUGUGUGUGUGUGUCAGUAUGCAUGACUGAUCUGUUCUAGAAAUACAAAGAUCUCAUAGUUUUGAGAUCUCAGACACACACACACACACACACGCAGCUCCUAG